AUGGCGGAUAUAAAGCCAAAGAGUAAACGAGUAUUUGUGAAUGAUGUUGACGUCUUCUCUUCAAAAAACAUCGCUAAGUUUUUGUCCACAUGCUUGAUUGAAGAAGAUGAGGAGGGAGAAGAACGCUCUACACCCAAAGGUGAACCUGCUUUUCAGGUCGUGGGGACAGUGUCAUCCUCACCUAAACAUGAAAGACAUAGUUGUGUGACUGAAUACUAUCUGUCACCAACUCGUGAGAAACUCCUGGGUCACCUCCUUGAGUGUGAUGUCAUUCUGUACAAUAUUUCCGAAAAUUCCACACAACAAAUUAUUGAUGAAGCUACAUGGGCCGUAACAACUCUUCAUGAAGAAAUGGAGAACUUCAAGUCCAGGAAAAUGUUCAUGCUAAUCUCUUCAGUGAUGACAUGGGCCAUGACUAAGCCACAGAAUCCCGAUGAAGCAGACAUUCCAGUAUUAGAGGAGGAGUUCAGAAGAAGGCGACCACAUCCCGCUUUCAGAGCGCUCUAUGAACUGGAGAAACUGGUGUUGAAGCUUGGUCGAAAAAAGACCAGACUUCCAGCAUAUGUGGUUUCUAGUGGUCUUCAAUAUGGAAAAGGAGAAAAUCUCUUUCAUUAUUUUUUUAAGGUUUCUUGGUUGAUGCAAAGUCUGGAUGUCCCCAUGUUUGGCCUGGGAACAAACUACUUACCUAUGAUUCACAUAAAUGACCUUGGAGGAGUGAUACAGAGCAUAAUCCAGAACAAACCAAAGGCAAAGUACAUCCUUGCUGUUGAUGACUCUAAAAACACAUUGGAGGAAAUUGUUCAGGCAAUCAGUACUGCACUUGGCCCUGGAAAAAUCAAGCAAUUCACAGAGCAAGAAGCAAUUUCUAUGAAGGCAUUUCAGCCAAAACAGCUGGAUUACCUGAAAAUCAACCUUUCCCUGGAAGCAGCCUUAAUAAAAGAGUUAAAUAACCAAUGGACCUCUGAAAGUGGGAUGGUGGAAAACAUAGACAAUAUUGUGGAAGAAUACAAAGUGACCAGAAACCUCCUUCCAGUUAAAAUCUUCAUGGUUGGGCCUCCUGCAGUGGGCAAGACAACAAUUUCUAAGAAGCUAUGUGGCUAUUACAGGCUCCAUCACAUAAAGAUUAAAGACGUCAUUGAAGAAAAAAUUAAGGAAUCGGAGGAGCCAGAGAGUCAAGAUGCUACAGAUCCUAUACAAGAAGAGCUGAGAAAAAUCCUAAAAAACUUGGAGGAAGAUGGAAGUCUCACAGCUGAUGCGAAAUUACUGAAUAUUGUCAAGGAAAAACUCAGUUCCAAGCCAUGUUUAAAUCAAGGCUUUGUUCUGGAUGGUUUUCCCCACACGUAUGAACAGGCACAGGCACUCUUCUUUGAUGCAAAUGCAGAAACUCAGGAGUCCACUGAGGCAGCAUACAACAAGAAGAUCACACCAGACAACAUAUUUGUACUGAAUGCCUCCGAUGAGUUCCUGAUAGAAAGAGCCCAAGCCCUCCCACAGAGUGAAGCAGAGAAGAUGCACUACACACAGGAGGCCUUCCUCUCCAGGCUGAAGGGGUACAGAAAGCGCUGUGCUGCUGAUGAAACACUACUGGAUUACUUUGAAGAACUGGAGAUUUACCCUGAAGAAAUUGAUGUGAAUGUGGAUGAUCUGGAGUACACAGCUGCUUUGAAGAAGAUCACUGGGAUGGUGGGAGAGCCUAAGAACUACGGUCCGAGCCCUGAGGAGCAGGAGGCCCAGAGGCUCAGACAGGAGGAGGAGAGGAGGGAGAGACUUGCCUCUCAGGCUGCAGAGAGGAAACGCAGGAACCAAGCCACACUGGCAGAGAUGGCAGCACACUAUCAGGAGUGGAAGAAGAACCUGUUAGAGCUGCAGCGACAGGAGCAGGAGCGACAGUCUGCCCAGUCUCUGCCUCUGAGAGUUUACCUGAUGAAGUACGUGAUGCCCUCUUUGUCUGAGGCCAUGCUCGAAUGCUCCAAGGUCCGGCCAGAAGACCCUGUGGACUUCCUGGCUGAAUAUCUCCUAAGGAACAGCAUCGAGAACACACAAGAGGAUUAGGCUAUUUUUGAUUGUAUUUAUUUAUUAACAGCCCUGCAAAAAACUUCUUCUGUACACUGGAGCUGGUGGAUUUAUGAUGCCAGUGGUCGGAGGUGCCGGAGAAGGGGGACAUUAGCUAACACCGGCACAGUGGAGACAUGAGCUCAGAGCAGCACAUUACAGAGGCAGCUGGAAAAACAGACUCA